AUGGUCCAGCUGUCCAAGGUUCUUACCGUUGUUGCGGCUUGCUUGGCUGCCCCCGCCGUUGCUCACCCCGGUGAGAAGCACGACCCGCAUGUCGUCAAGCGUGAGAUUCAUGCUCGCGAUGCCAUGGCUGCAGCAGCCAAGCGCUCGAUCGGAGGGUGUGAAAGCUCUCUGCAUGCGCGGGAGUUGAACAAGCGUAGCUUUGCCCGUCGUUCGCGGACGGUCAACCAGCUUCGUGAGAAGCGUGGCAUUACUGCUAGCCCUCAGAAAUGGCGCCGCGACCUAGCUGCGCUCGAGAAGUGGGAGGCCAUUGACCACAAUCAGACCCACGUCCUGAACUACAGCCCGGCCACCCCAGAGUCGAUGAUCUUCUCGGCCAACACCAGCUGCAUUCUGACUCCCACCGUCACCGAUGGCCCCUACUAUGUCUGGGGUGAGGUCAUGCGCCAGAAUGUCAAGGAGGAGAAAUAUUCGGACGGAGUGAAUGUCUUCCUGGAGGUGCAGUACAUCGAUAUCAACACCUGCCGGCCGAUCCCGCGUGCUCUGGUCGAUAUCUGGCAAGCCAAUGCCACUGGCGUCUAUAGCCAAGCUGACCAGAGUAGCGGCAUUUCCACGUCGGGUAACUACGCUGCCGACGGAUGGGACUCGACCUACCUGCGCGGGAUUCAGCAGACGGACCGUGAUGGCGUGGUCGAGUUCGAGACCAUCUUCCCUGGUCACUACGAUGGACGCGCUACGCAUACCCACCUGUUAACCCAUCUGAAUGCCACCCUUCUUCCCAACAAGACUCUCGAGGUGGCCACGGGCAGCGUGGCGCACAUUGGCCAGCUGUUCUGGAACGAAGCGCUGCGGACUGCCGCGGAAAAAACCUACCCCUACAACACCAAUACACAGGCCAUCACCUCGAAUGCGGAUGAUAUGUGGAGCAUCAUCCAGGCGGACAGCGCCUACGACCCCUUCCCCGAGUACAUCUACCUCGGUAACGAGCUGGACGACGGUCUGUUCGCCUGGAUCCAGAUCGGCCUCAAUGCUACUGCGGACUACUCCGACAACUCGUACUACAGCAUUGCCGCCUAUCUCGAGGCCGACGGCGGCCACCAGAACAGCGGUAGCACCACAUCAUUCACUGCCGGGAGCGGAUCUAACGGCACCAUACCUUCCGGCAGCGCCAGCCCCAGUGCCUCGGCAUGA